AUGUGUCAAGUGGGCCACCUCGAUCCCAGCAGCCACCAAAGGGUCCUCAUGAAAACGGGCGUCAUCCUCCUCAUCAUCGGGCACCUCAACUUCAUCACUGGUGCCCUCGUCCAUGGCACUGUCCUCCGCUUUGUGGUCGACCCUCGGGAUGCCAUCUCCUUGCAGUACGCCGUCGCCAACACUGCCUCCGUCAUCUCUGCACUGCUGACCAUCUCCUGCGGAAUAGCUGCCCUCAUGCUGUCCCGCUACCUCGUGCCUGCUGCCCUCAAAUGGGCAGUUUUCGCCCUGAGCGCCAGCAGCAGCCUGGGCUGCCUGUCCUGCCUGCUGGGGCUGGCUGUCUCCAUCGGGCUGACGCUGGGCAGCCAGGGCCGGGUGCUGCUGGCCCCCUGCACUUUUGCCAACAUCGCCCUCGCCCCGGUCUCCCGCCAGUGCCCCUUCGAUCCCACCCGUGUCUAUAGCUCCACGCUGUCCCUCUGGGCUAUCUCCCUCCUGCUCGGCUCGAUGGAGAUUGUCUUCAGCAUCCGCUGCCUCUUGCUCACCAUCGACCUCCUCCGCCUUGGACGCUGCUGCCGCAGGACGCACCGGAGGAAGGUCUCCUUGCAGGCAGCCCCCGCGGAGAGCCCUGACCCCGGGCAGUGUCUGGGCUUGCUGAGGCUGGACAGCGUGGAAACCGCACAGCUCUGA